UGGUUUUAUGUGACAGUGAAAUAAGUGUUCGCUGCUCUGUCUAAACAGCAGGAGGCGCUGCAGCUCAAUCCUUUUCUUCUGUACAGUUUUCUUCAUUUGAGCUGCGAACGAACCGCUGAAGAGUGAGAGGGAAAGAAGCUAACCAAACAACAUUUUCUCAUUUUGUUUUAUCGACUCAUUCCAGGGAGGAACAGCGGUGUGUGAAACAGGAUAAAGAUGGGAGUUAUGAGUGUGUGCUGUAUUUUACUCAUCUCUCUGCUAAAGUCUUCCUCUGCUCACAAUGACUUCUUCACUUCCAUCGGUCACAUGACAGAUCUGCUGUUCACAGAAAAAGACCUGGUGACGUCAUUAAAAGACUACAUCAAAGCAGAGGAAAGCAAACUGGAGCAAGUGAAACAGUGGGCUGAGAAGCUUGAUGCUUUAACAACCACAGCCACACAGGACCCAGAGGGGUUUUUGGGUCACCCGGUCAAUGCCUUUAAACUCAUGAAGAGACUAAACACAGAGUGGGGGGAAGUGGAAGACCUAGUGCUCAAGGACAUGUCUGAUGGCUUUAUCUCAAACCUGACCAUACAGCGUCAGUAUUUCCCUAAUGAUGAAGACCAGAACGGUGCAGCCAAAGCUCUCCUCCGACUGCAGGACACCUAUCAACUGGACACACAGACCAUCUCUUCUGGAAACCUGCCUGGUGUUAGUACAGACUUGCCAUUUAAAAACACCCUGACGGUAGAGGACUGUUAUGAGCUAGGGAAAAUCGCCUACUCCGAUGCGGACUACUACCACACAGAGCUGUGGAUGGUCCAGGCACUCAAGCAACUGGAUGAAGGAGAAAAAUCCAGUGUUGACGUUGUGACCGUGCUGGACUACCUCAGCUACUCCGUCUACCAGCAGGGGGAGCUGGAGAGAGCGCUGGAAUAUACCAAGAGACUGCUCACUGUGGAUCCCGAGCACCAGCGAGCACUUGGGAACCUGAAGUAUUUCGACUACCAGCUAGCCAAACAGAAUAAGGCUGAGAAGGAGCAGAGCCCCAAGGAAGAGAGUAAGAAAGAGCAAGAAAAAGAGGUUGGGAAGAAGGAAUAUCUCCCUGAGAAGAGGAAAUAUGAGAAGCUAUGUAGAGGAGAAGGACUCAGAAUGACUCCUCGCAGACAGAGCCGUUUGUUCUGCCGUUACUACAACAAUAACAGGCAUCCAUUUUACACGAUCGGCCCGGUGAAACAAGAGGACGAAUGGGACCGUCCUCGUAUCGUUCGUUACCAUGAAAUUAUAACAGAAAAAGAAAUGGAGAAGGUCAAGGAACUGGCCAAACCGAGGCUCAGGCGUGCCACCGUGCAUGACCCUCAAACUGGCAAACUCACCACCGCCCAGUACAGAGUCUCCAAGAGCGCGUGGUUGGCGGCCUAUGAGCAUCCGGUGGUGGAUCACAUAAACCAGCGCAUAGAAGACAUCACAGGCCUCGAUAUGAAAACAGCAGAAGAACUACAGGUGGCGAAUUAUGGUGUUGGAGGACAGUAUGAGCCCCACUUUGACUUUGGACGGAAAGAUGAACCAGAUGCUUUUAAAGAGCUGGGCACAGGGAAUCGUAUAGCAACCUGGCUUUUCUAUAUGAGUGAUGUAUCAGCAGGGGGCGCCACUGUCUUUCCAGAAGUUGGAGCAGCAGUAAAGCCAAUGAAGGGGACAGCUGUAUUCUGGUAUAAUCUCUUUCCCAGCGGAGAGGGCGAUUACAGCACGAGGCAUGCAGCUUGCCCAGUACUGGUGGGAAACAAGUGGGUGUCAAAUAAAUGGAUCCACGAGAGAGGUCAGGAAUUCAGGAGACCGUGCAGCCUGAAAGAGACAGAUUGAUCAAAGCCUUCACUCGUCUUCCUCAUGCACUCCUCCUCCUGGAUUCUGAACAGACUCUGACACACAGCAGGGAGGCCGUUCAUGUCGACUGUGUUGGCAGCAACAUACUUGUGUGAGCCAGCUUUUGGGUAACAUUACCUCUGUUAGUGCCUUUUAUCAUUGGCUAUGGCUUCAAAGGAAGCAGCUAUUCCUGCAACACUCCAUUACAACAGGCCUUUAGCUAUUGAGCUGUACGAUGGCAUCAAAUCAAAGCACUGAAGUGACAGCGCAUCUCCAACUCUUCUUCUGACUGACAGACAGACCAAAGUGAGUGACACAGAAUGCAUGUUCUGCGCAUUCACAGAAUGUUCAGGAAUGGUCUAAUAAAAAGGAUUUUCCCAAA